AUGUCUAUCAGCGACACUAAUAACACAGUCCCAACGGUCAGAAGUGACUUUGAUCCCCUCCAAUAUGUUGAAAAGCUGCAGCGAAAAUGGGCCAAAGGAACUUGCCUAGAGUUUUUCACCAGUAGGUUAGAGAAGUAUAAGGUUGAACUUUUGGAAAGCAGGCACCGCGCCAACGACUAUAUCGACUUAGUGAUUAACGAGUAUUUCCGUCAUUAUCAUUGGAAGCUCAAAAUCAUCCCGGAGAUACUCAAUGAUGAGGAGUCUGAGCAAAAAAAACAGAAGGUUACUGCAAUGACCAAGGCUAUUCGCAACUGGUUUGAGUACCGCUCUCGAAAGUUAAACCCUCUUGGUCGUCAUCUCAAAACUGAAACUGGUCCAUGGACCCGCUUACUCAAGCAACUCUCCGGGGUAGUGAAAAACAAACCAAGGGCAUUGCAAGCCCACCAGCACUGGUCGAAAGACCAUUUCGACACUGAUCUAAAAGAAGAAUUUGAGGAGAAAUGGAAAUGCGCUCAGAAGCCGGCCAAGGAAAGGGCUACGUUCUAUGAUCAACUGACGCGACAACAUUUUCUCAGUCUAGACGAAGACAUUCGCAAGACAUAUGAAAAGUUGGCAGAAUCGGAAGGGAUUGCUAAUGUCGAGGCUUGGAAAGCUGCACUUGCUGCUCCUGCUUCCAAACUACCUGCUGAUCGUGCCCUUGAUCAACUCCCAGAAUUUGCUGGCCCCAUACUCGCUGGCAUAUCCGACAUCACAGGAAUGCACUGUACUUUGUUUGUUGGCGGUCCUGAGCCUCGCAGGAAAGGCCAAUUAAGCGUUAUCACGAUGCAUGAGGGUGUUGAUCUCAGUGAUCACCCCAAAAACUGGCAAAUGGCUGACAAGACCAAGUUCAAAAUUGCGACAAGUCUUUUUCAAGAGUUCUUGGCUACAUGCUACACUGAAGCGGAUAGGGAAGGAGCAAGUCUAGACGAUGACAGCGACACAUCGACAACCCCCAUUUUACCUGCCAUUGAAACUGAUUCCAAUGCCAUCGUGGAGCCUGAUGCCACUCCCAUAGCACAACCGUCAGCAGUGGAUGGUUCCUCGCAGACCAAGGUGGCUAAGAAGAGCCAGAAGUGGAGGGCCCAUGCCAAGAAUCAACGCCACACUACCCCCGCUGGAGAAACAGAUGAUUCCUCCAAUUCAUCCAGUGAUAGCUCCAGCAACGAUGACGGCCACCACUCUGUUACCAAAGUCAAACACGCCCUUCCUUACGCUGCCACCAAAAGACCAGUCAUUAUCCCUCCACAACCUCGCAUGACCAGAUUGCAGCAUCCAGCUGUUACAGCACACCCUGAUAUUCCUGCAUCCAAUCCAAGUGCUGCCGCUGAUCCUAUCAUUGCUUCUCCGGCUGACGAGCCUAUCAUUACUUCUCCGGCUGAUGAGCCUAUCAUUUCUUCUCCGGCUGGCGUGCAUGAUAAGCCAGCUUCCAAUCUUGAGACCCAGGGAGUCAUCGUGGAGGAGUCUCUUAGGUCCGACAAUGUGUGUGAUGAACGUGACAUACAGGAUGGUGCCCAUUUUUCCGAACAUAUGUCUUUACCACCUGUCUCCUCUCCUUUGCAGGUGUCGUCACCCGAGCUGAGGCCCCAUGAGGCUCAAUCGUUAGACAACGAACUCCAUGGAUCCGCACCGGAACUCAAAGCUUCGAUUUUCCUCCCUUCCAAUUCCCCCUCCUGGGUCAAUACUGCCCUUGAGUAUCUCACGGCUGACACUUCCCUGCUCCCCCCUCUGUACGACACACUGGUCGUGAAAUUCAUUGAACUCGAGCGGACCAGUGACUUCGAGAGUCCAUCUGGACCUAUGUUUAAUCUCAGCAGCGAGAAUCGGCCCAAGGAAAUCCAUUGGUGGGUCUCACGCGGACGCAAGGGACGCCCUGUCAUCCCUGAUAUAGAGAAGUAUGUGACUCAAUGGUGGCAUUGGUGGGCUGCAGUCCAGCCUUCCUGGAGGAAUAUUGGCACCCCAGACUUCUCAAAUCCCGACGAACUCGACCGUCAAGACGGUGACUGGGAUGCUCUAUCUAAGCCCGGCAAGAACGGAUUCCUCAGUAUUCUCGCAACUAUUUACUGGUGGGCAUUGGCCAAUGACAGCCAAGGUUGGAAACAUGCAGCGUGGGCUAUCGCCGUUGCUGAUGUUCACUGGGUGAUGAGUCGUGUUAUUGCGUUUCGUGCUUCUAAGUCUCAGAAGAGUGUCCCCAGGAAGCGGGCGCCGGCAGAUGAUAGUGGCCAGACCACGAAGAAGAGUGUUCCCCGGAAGCGGGCGCCGGCAGAUAACAGUGGCCAGAUCAUGAAGAAGCUCUGCACUCGCCGGUGA